AUUAAGUGGCCUUAUAGUUUAGGCGUUGUGACAGUGCAUCCUUCGGUGUUGAGCAAACUCCAUAAACCCAAUCCAGAUGACCCGAUUAUUGUUCAUAUCAAGAAGGUCCUUAACUUCAGAAUGUGGCCUUUCUUUGUACUAAUGGUAUUUCCUCACCGCCGACUGUUUAAUCUCCUGAAAAUUGAACUAAUAUCCAGAGUCAGUGAUUAUUUCUACAACAUCAUCAAGAUAUUUAAAGACAGCAUGGGGCAGAUGAAUCUAGUCGGGCAGACUCUGCAGGUGAUGAUCCAGAACGAGAUACCAGAAACAGACAUCAAGAGUGAACAAGAUCAGCCAAGUAAAGGUUUGACCGAGCACGAGAUCCUUUCGCAGGCUUUCAUCUUCAUCUUUGGGGGCUAUGAGACCACCAGGUCACUCACGCACAUCCUUUACAAUCUCGCCACCAACCCUGAAGCGGCGUGGACGUUGCAGGAAGAAAUCGAUGCCAACCUACAGAGAGAUGAUGUGGUCGGUCUGCAGUACCUGGACCAUGUUAUUUUGGAGUCACAGCGUUUGAUUCCCACUGCUCGGCUUGAGAGGAUAUGCAAAAAAACUGUCCAGAUCCACGGCCUCACCAUCCCCGAAGGAACCCUGGUUACUGCUCCCCACUUAUUACACAAGGACCCACGUUUUUGGAGCUCACCUGAGCUUUUCAGACCCGAGAGGUUCAGUAAAGACAGUGGGGAAGAGGUGAACCCGUACGCGUACUCUGCCGCUCGGGCUCGGUCCCGUAACUGCGUUGGGAUGCGCUACGCUGUCCUCACCAUGAAGACGGUUCUUGUCCGUCUCCUGCAGAGUUACACCGUGGAAACAUGCAAAGACACCGUGAUUCCGUUGGAGUUUAACUGGAUGUUACAGCCGAAACAGCCAAUAAAACUCACGUUUGUUCCCAGACAACAGUAGUUAAAAGGCAGCUUCUCUGAAUAAACCUUGCUUCUGAAUUGCUUAACUGCUGAAAGGAUAAGAAUGAAAGUUUUGAUAAUAUUGACAUUAUUUUUUUAAUGCACCUAGAACAUCAGAUUUUUCUUGCAAUGUUGUUUAUCAAAUUUGUAUGCAUUUAAAGGAAGUGUGUAACAUGUAGGGAGAUUAAUUGGCAUUUAUGGAAUAUAAUAUUCAUUACUGUUUUUAUUAUAAUGAACUGAAACUAAGAAUCGUUAUGUUUAUUGUUAGCUAAGAAAAAGCCCUUUAUAUCUA